AUGUGUUUCUCGAAUAUUUCGAGACGCGUUAAUAAUCUCUCCGCGUGGGUUUUGAACUUUGAUGUCGUACCUGCCUCCUUUGUUAUCGCAGACUGUGAACACAGCAAACGCGUUCUUCACUCAUCGUUCAGAAACUUCAAUGCCCAUCACGAAGGGCCGAUCGCUCCGUACCGCAAUGGAUUUGUCGACGGAGUCAUGAGGGCGUUUCAACAAGAUCUUCAUCUCGUUCUUCGACCUGAUGAUGUAUGGCUUGCAAUCCUCACUCAGUUUAGUUUCUAUGUCAACAAGAAUGCUGAAGAGUUGCGCGACCAGUUUGUCGCUCAUCAAGGAAAGGAGGAGCUGGUUGUCGAGGACCACACUAGGCCGUGCCUCAAUUGGGAUAUCGGGAGCAUGUCUAAGCAGUUUGCUACACUGAAGCAGGAGAAGGUAAUUAAUCCUAGCGUCCGCGAUUGGCUUGUUCCCGUGUUCUCGACUACAACCGACCUUGACUUGGCGGUGUCUUCGAUGGUCCUCAAGAGCGGGUGGGGUUUCCCAUCAGUUACUCUCCUUGGUGAGGUCGAGGACUGGCAGAAGAUUCUGACACGACUAGACCAGCUUGCAGAAUACGGCGAACAACCAGCCAAGUGGAGUCGACUUCUCGUACCGGUACUCAAGCGAUUCAUCGCCUCAUUCUACAUGCCAGACUCGACUGAGUUGAAGAAAUUUUGGAUGCAAGCGGUUCACUCGGACGGUGCACUUGGAAGUGGCCCUCUCCCGACGUACAACGGAUGGCUUACUGCAUUCAUGUACUGGGACAACGAAGGUUAUUGCCAGAGAUCCAAGGACAUCGUUGUUGCAAACGAUAAGAAGCCUCCCAAGAUCGACGGUGAAGUCUACCCUCUCAUCUACCACACUCUCGAGGGUGUUCCUUCUGGAGUUGUUGAGAUUUCGGUCACUGUGAAAGCCUUGGAUCUCGGCCUUCGAUUCAAGACGAGAAUCAUCGCAGGCUCCAUGGGUAUGACAGUCACGAAUGGUUCUAAGCAAGGGUCUGGCACGAUGGUGCAGCCUUGCCCUGGUUGGUGGAUGGUGGAGUACUCGCGUGAGUCAAUCGGUCGGGUCUAG